UUACUGAGAGGAGAAAUGGCUCAGCAAGGAAACCAACUGGACCGAGGGAAAUUCUACUGUUCCAUCUGUCUGGAACUACUGAAGGAUCCGGUGACUACUUCCUGUGGACACAGCUACUGCAUGAAGUGUGUUCAGAGCCACUGGGAUACAGAGGAUGAGAAGAGAGAGUACAGCUGCCCUCAGUGCAGGCAGGUCUUUACAUCGAGGCCUGACCUGAGGAAAAACACCAUGUUGGCAGAUUUAGUGGAGGAGCUGAAGAAGACUGGACUCCAAGCUGCUCCUGCUGAUCACUGCUAUGCUGGAUCUGAAGAUGUGGCCUGUGAUGUCUGCACCGGGAGGAAACUGAAAGCCUGUAAGUCCUGCCUCUUCUGUUUGAUCUCAUUUUGUGAGAAACACCUCCAGCCUCAUUAUGAUUCACCUGCCUAUGCAAAACACAAGCUGGUGGAGCCCUCCAAGAAGCUCCAGGAGAACGUCUGCUCUCGUCAUGAUGAGGUGAUGAAGAUGUUCUGUCGUACUGAUCAGCAGUCUAUCUGUUAUCUCUGCUCUGUGGACGAACACAAAGGUCAUGACACAGUCUCAGCUGCAGCAGAAAGGAGCGAGAAGCAGAGAGAGCUGGAGGUGAGUCGACAAAACAUCCAGCAGAGAAUCCAGGACGGAGAGAAAGAUGUGAAGCUGCUCCAACAGGAGGUGGAGGCUAUCAAUGGCUCCGCUGAUAAAACAGUGGGGAACAGUGAGAAGAUGUUCACUGAGCUGAUCCGUCUCAUGAAGAAAAGACGCUCUGAUGUGAAGCAGCAGGUCAGAUCCCAGCAGCAAACUGAAGUGAGUCGAGUCAGAAAGCUUCAGUAGAAGCUGGAGCAGGAGAUCACUGAGCUGAAGAGGAGAGACGCUGAGAUGAAGAAGCUGUCACACACAUAGGACCACAACCAGUUUCUACGUGACUACCCCUCACUGUCACCACUCAGUGAAUCUACACACUCAUCCAGCAUCAAGAUCCGUCCUCUGAGGUACUUUGAGGACGUGACAGAGGCUGUGUCAGAAGUCAGAGCUAAACUACAGGACGUCCUGAGAGAGAAAUGGACAAACAUCUCACAGACAGUGACUGAAGUGGAUGUUUUACCAUCACAACCAGAACCCAAGACCAGAGCUGAGUUCUUAAAAUAUUCAUGUGACAUCACACUGGAUCCAAACACAGCUCACACACAGCUGUUAUUAUCUGAUGGGAACAGAAAAGUAACAUUAAUGAGUGAACAUCAGUCUUAUUCUAGUCACCCAGACAGAUUCACUGAUUACUGUCAGGUCCUGAGUAAAGAGAGUCUGACUGGACGUUGUUAGUGGGAGGUGGAGAAGACAGGAAGAGUUGAUGUAGCAGUCUCAUACAAGAAUAUCAGCAGAGCAGGUUUCUCAGAUGAAUGUUUGUUUGGAUUUAAUGACAAAUCUUGGGAGUUAGAUUGUUACAACAACAGUUAUAACUUUUGUUACAACAAUGUCAGCACUCCUGUCUCAGGUCCUCAGUCCUCCAGAGUAGGAGUGUACCUGGAUCACAGAGCAGGUAUUCUGUCCUUCUACAGCAUCUCUGAAACCAUGACUCUCCUCCACAGAGUCCAGACCACAUUCACUCAGCCUCUACAUGCAGGACUCAGGCUUUAUAGUCCUGAUGGAUCCAUUGCUGAGUUG